AUGGCUGCAGGCUGUGACAGGAGGAUUAUAGCCUAUGGAAAAGAAGUGCACGUGCUACAAACUUUUGAUUAUAGCCGUGACCCUCAGGAGUUGGAGUUCACCACAGCUGCAGCAAGUCCUGGCGGCCAGUCUGUUGUGCUAGGAAGCUAUGACAGGCUUCGGGUGUUCAACCGGAGCCCUCAAAGAAGCAUCUGGGAAGAGGCAAAGCCCAAGGAGAUUGCCAAUUUGUACACCAUCACUGCCUUGGCCUGGAAGCGGGAUGGCUCACGGCUCUGUGUGGGCACACUGUGUGGUGGGGUGGAACAGUUUGACUGCUGCCUCCGAAGGAGCAUUUACAAGAACAAGUUUGAGCUGACGUAUGUGGGACCUAGCCAGGUAAGCAGGAUGGUAGCCUACUGCACCGAGACCUUGCAAGGCUCAUUCACCUGAUACAUAUCUAACAUUUCCCUGCCUUCUGGCCACAGCCAUAGCAUCAAAUUUAAUCUUUGUCCCUC